UGUCUUGUUAGCACACUUGUCCUCCUCGCAUCUUUGGACAGCUUUUCAGAAGUUUUUACAGCAUAAGCUCUCAAUAGGGCAAUGACAGUCUCUUCUCAAGCGUCCAACGGUAUGGGCGUUGCGCAUGAACCGACAUUUCACGAGAUCCAUGGCUCUACCUACUUGGAGAGGGACUCGCAUGGUCUUGCACGCCUCGGAAAGUCACAGGUGCUCAAGCGUCGAUUUGGGUUUCUUUCCAUUUUUGGAUUCAGCUGUUGUAUUCUCGCCACGUGGGAGACCGCAUUAGCGCUCUUCCAAGAGGCGUUCGUCAAUGGUGGCCCAGCCGCUUUGGCAUGGGGUUUCCCCAUUGCCUGGAUGUGUUCAUUAUCUGUUUACCUGUGCUUGUCAGAGAUGGCGUCCAUCGCGCCCAUCUCCGGCGGACAAUACUUCUGGGUUGCGAUUCUGGCACCCCGAAAGUACAAACGCUUUUGUGGCUACCUGACAGGGUGGUUCACUUCUCUUGCGUGGAUCGCCACCCUCGCUGUGGGCAGCAUUUUCACGGGCACAAUGAUCCAGGGGCUCAUCAUCUUGAACUACCCAGACUAUGAACCUAAGAACUAUCACGGCGCAUUUCUCGCUUGGGCCGUGAUUGCUGUGUCCAUCUUUGUCAACACUGUAAUCGCCGGGCUCUUGCCCAUCCUCGAAGGAGUUAUCCUUUUGAUACAUGUUCUGGGGUUCAUUGCGAUACUCAUUACAUUGGUGUACCUAUCGCCGCAUGGCUCAGCACAGGAUGUGUUUUUCCGUCCUCUGAAUGAAGGCAAUUGGCCGACCCAAGGUCUGUCAUAUUGCGUUGGUUUCAUAGGCAACGUGGCAACCUUCGUCGGAGCCGACGCAGCUGUUCAUAUGGCAGAAGAGAUAGAAAAUCCGGCAAUGAACGUACCUCGAGCUAUUUUCACCACGGUCAUGCUGAAUGGUAGUACGGGAUGGGCCAUGGUGCUUGCUGUACUCUUUUGUCUCGGCGAUAUUGAGUCCGUCAUUAAUUCAGCCACUGGUUUUCCCUUCAUACAAGUCUUUUACAAUGGGACGGGCAAAGCCGGGGCUACAGUUAUGACGAUAGUCAUUAUCGUCAUAAUUUGGUGUGCCGUUAUCGGGUUUGCUGCCACGGCAAGUCGAAUGACCUGGUCCUUUGCAAGAGAUCGCGGCCUACCAUUCCACCAAUAUAUCCGAAAGGUCCACGAGCGUACUCGAGUUCCGAUAGUAGCGGUCGUCGUAGUAAAUCUUAUCCCCUGUCUGCUACAUCUGAUCUAUAUCGGCUCAUCGACUGCGUACAAUGAUGUCAUUUCGAUGUCCGUGUCUGGCCUCUACGCGUCCUACCUUAUCCCGUGCAGCUUUCUCCUCUGGCGCCGCACCACCGGACAAAUCAAGCCGCAUCGGUCGAGCGAAGACAGCGGCGCGAAUGUACCCAUCGGCCGAGAUAGAGAUCGCAAUAUGCUCAGCCCGCUGAGCCUCGAAAACAACGGCGACUCCGAUAUAUUACUCGAAGAGCCAGUAUUGGAAUGGGGCCCUUGGCGCAUACCUGGGCUGCUAGGUAUAGUGAAUAACACCUUCGCCUGCGUUUUCUGCGUGUGGGUGCUGUUCUGGGACUUCUGGCCGCCAGCCACACCCGUGGAUGCUGAGAAUAUGAAUUACAGCGUUCUGGUGACAGGCUCGGUCAUCAUAUUUGCGGUAGUGCGCUACUUCCUAGGAGGUAAAGUGGCAUAUAAAGGCCCGUUGGUAGACUAUGAAGUAAAGGGCUUUACCGCCCAUCGCAGCUAGUGGGCCUCGCGAGGAUCUCUAUAGAUAGACUCCCCUACGAAUCCCAAUCUAACUAAAAACCUUAACAGCCAUCCUGUCUCUCAAGACCCCUAGAAGACUGUUUGAAUCCUCGCUUAAGUGAUGGAAGAUGAGAUGAUGGUCUCAUAAUUG